CAGCUUGCAAAUUAUGAAUAAUUCAAGUCUCGGGAGAUUCAUAUGUCACAAAAUUGCGGGGAUUCCAUGCAGAUCAAAAUUCUACGUUCAGUGGGCCUUGUUUAAGCUAUAGAAGAUGCUAAAGUAGAAGAUAUUGAGAUCAAGAAUUUAUACAGGCAUUAUUAGUGCCAUGACGCCGCUUUUUACUGCAUUUUGCAAGAAUGGAAACGAAAUCAACAAAAAAAAGAAAGCCAAACAAGAACAGGCAGUGGACGAUGCAAGAAAACAAAGUGAAACAAGAAAAUUCACCCUCACAGUUCACGAGAUCCCCCCUGAAUACCGUGACCGGUACAUAAGGUCUGGGUACCGUAAGCCCGGUCUAACCUUCCUGGAAUGCCUACAAAGUCUCUUCCACUGGAACAACGAAGUGCUGAACGUCUGGACGCACUACAUUACUCUCCUCUUAUUUACCUGGAAAUUCUGUAACUUGGGACGUGAUCUAAGCCAGCCUGAAUACUACCCGCUGUUGGCGUAUGCAGUUGGCGCUUGCAUGUUCCCGCUGCUUAGCUGCAUCGCACACACAUUCAGCAGUAUGUCCAUCAGUGUUCGGCAUAUCUGCUUUUUCUGCGACUACGCAGGGAUAAGCCUGUACAGUAUUGGCUCGUCCGUCGCCUAUUUCUUUUACACCAUCCCGCCAGACGUCAAAAGCACAUGGCUGGGCUGGGCGUACCCCCCGUUGAACGUCCUUAUGGCCGCAUCUUGCUGCUACGUUUGCUGUAUUUCUCGAGCCAAGCAAUGGAGCAAGUACCAAACGGUCAUGCGGGCCUGCUCUUUCGCAGUCCCUUACGUGUUUUGUAGCUCUUUUAUCCUACACAAGCUGCUAAUAUCAAGGAAUUCACCGAGCUCCUCGUGGUUUCACUGCUCGCAGUUUUUCUGGUGCACUUUGAUGGCGAUAGCGAUGACCACGAAGGUCCCUGAGAAGUAUUUCAUGGAAUAUUUCGAUAUCGUAGGGCACAGCCACCAGUGGUUCCAUAUAUUUGUAUCUGUGGGGACGAACCAGCAAAUCAACGCUGUGCUUCUAGAUAUGAUUGAUUUAGAAAACACUGGUCAACUUCCAUUGGUAUCGUUUCUCUCGAGCGUUGGUUUGGUCUUACUCGUUGCUCUCGUAGAUACUGCUAUAGUAGUAUAUUUCUCGCGUAAAAUUUUACAAAAAAAGAUAAAGCCAUCAUAAUUAUUAGCUAAGGGGAUGGGUAUUAGCUGAGAGGUGUGCUGGAGAGGAAGAAAUAAGGUAGCAACUACGUCCCCAAGGUCUUCUGGGUAAUUUGGCAUCUUCAUCAGCCAGACAACUUCGUUUCGAUAUGGCGUCUCGUCAGUCAGUUGAGAUAUUGAAAAUUACCCAGAAGACCCAGGGGACGAGGUUGAACGCCAUAUUGAAAAUUACCCAGAAGACACUGGGGACGAGACUGGUGAGGAGACAGUGGGAAAUGCUGUCCGACACACCAAUUGAAAAAAAGUCUUUUCUUUUUCUUCUCGCCCCUCCCCUCCCAUAAUUUUAUCUUGCAACUCAUUUCAGCAAUGCUCUUGGCUUCACAAUCCACAAAAUGGCUUUAAAGGAUACCUUAGAUUUUUUAAAAAUGUCCUUAAUCUUAUUUAUUUUUUAAAUAGAAUCAGUUGAGAUAUCACACAACGUCCUCUGUCGAAAGUCUGAAUUUAAAAAAAUGUUUUUUGAAUAAGUAUUUCCUCUUUCAGUGCAACCAGUGAAACUUUAAACACCUAAAACGUGUGGAAUGUUUAUGGUCGAAUCAGAUGUGAGAAUUCCGACACAGAGAGUUGUUCAGACAGAACAAAAAUUCCAUAGGUAUUUCUGAUGUUCGCGGUUUUACUUGUCAUGCUGUAAAAUAUUUUAUCAAUAGACUAUGAACUUUUCUGUACAUGCAUUUAUUACUUACAGUAGCCAUAAAAAUAACACUCUUUAAACUAAAGUAUGGCUUCUAUGAAUGCUACAAUCAGGGACAGUAUAUUGAAAAAAAAAAAACACCUUGUUCUGGAUUAGAAAAAUUGAACAACAGUGCUGCCACCCUCAAGACAGAGCAGAGAGGCCACUUACAGGGAGGUUCACAAGAAAAGGCCAGAAAUUUAAAAUACUCUGUUUUUAACAGCAAAAUCCAUAAGAUAAUAUCUAUGUAACAUUAGCUUUGAAGCAUAUUUUGCAAUAAAUUGAAUAAUAGUUU